CUUCCCUCCCCUCCCACCUCCCCCCACGCCUUCUGAGAUAGUCGAACCUUUUGUUUCCUAUUUUAUCUCUACUAACAUUUCGCCCUCGUCCCUCGCUUUAUUUCCUUUACUUCGCCUCUACUACUACAUUCGCCACUUUUUCCUAAACAAGAUGACCAAGGCGACCGAUAUUGCCAAUCCAAGUAUCCAGGACCUGGCCGCCCAAAGCUACACAGACAUCAAUUCAGCACAAUGGAUGACUCCGCCCGAAACCGCCGGCCACUUGCAGCAGGACGGUGGUCACGAGCAGUUUUUCCCCGAUGAUGAGAUGACACCCGUCGAGAUGCAGGCAUCCGAGAAGCAGCCGAAAGACAUCGAGACGGCACUGGACAAGGAGGAGGAGGAAGAGGACUCCCCUUACGACCUCGUGCGCUGCUCUGUGUCCAACAAGGACGACCCGUCCAUGUACUCCUUUGACUUUCCGUGUUUCUUUUUUUACCGCCAGAACCAGCUCUCGCUGGGCGGCUCCGUGGUGCAGCUGCUGGCGUUUCCUGCCGGCUACGUCAUGUCGCGCGUGCUACCAACACGUACAUUCCGCACAUUUGGGUUCGAGUGGACCAUGAACCCGGGCCCGUUUAAUAUCAAAGAGCACGUGCUCAUUUCGAUUUUCGCCACGGCGUCCUCGGGCUCGCCAUACGCCAUCGACGUGGUCACGAUCAAGAAGAUCUGGUACAAAUCCGACCUGGGCUUUAUAGCCAGUCUGCUGUUCAUUUUGACGUCGCAAAUCAUGGGCUACUCGUUUGCCGGGCUGACGCGCGAGUUCCUGGUGUACCCGGCGGCUAUGAUCUGGCCGUCGACGCUGAUCAGCGUGACGCUGUUCCGCACGUUCCACGAGGUGCAGAACUUUGGCGGCAAGAUGACUCCGCACGCGCAUAGCGUCAUUGCCCAGCAGCUCGGUGAUGCCUACAACGGGCUCGGCAUGAUGACGUUUACACUGGACUGGAGCACCAUUUCAAGCAACAUGGGCUCGCCUAUCGCGUACCCGUGGGUCAUGGCAUGCAACCUGUUUGCUGGUUUUGUGAUCACAAUGUGGAUCAUCACGCCGAUCGGCUACUACUCCAACACCUGGGGAUCAGGCAACCUGCCCAUCUACACGUCCCACCUGUUCCAGACCAACGGUUCAGCCUACGACAUCCACAAGAUCAUGAGCGAGGACCAGCACCUUGAUGCGGCACGGUAUGCCGCGUACGGACCUGUGCGCAUGACCUUCCAGUUUGCCAUGUCGUACGGCAUCAGCUUUGCCGCCAUCAUCUGUCUGCUUGUAUACAUUGGCCUGCACCAUGGCGGCGAAAUCCUCAUGCGCAUGAAGCAGUCGCGCUCAAUGGACGAGGACAUCCACGCCAAGCUGAUGCGCAAAUACGACGAGGUGCCCAAGUGGUGGUACAUCCUGCUGUUUGCUGUGACCUUUACCGCGACCAUCAUCGUAUGCGAGGUCUACCACAUGAUGCCCUGGACAUGGGUCCUGGUCUCGGUCAUCGUCCCGCUCGUCUUCACCAUCCCCAUUGGCAUCAUCCAGGCUAUCAGCAAUCAGCAGCCAGGGCUCAACGUGAUCACAGAGUUCAUCAUCGGUUACGGGAUGCCGGGCAACCCCAUUGCCAACGUCACGUUCAAGGUAUACGGCUACAUCACAAUGACACAGGCGCUGAACCUAGUCUCUGAUCUCAAGCUGGGCCACUACAUGAAGAUCCCUCCCAAGCACAUGUUUGUCGUGCAGCUCGCAGGCACCGUCCUGUCGUCGUUUAUCGAGCUGGCUGUCGCGUUCUGGCUCAUGAACAGCAUAAAAAACAUAUGUACGCCAGAAGGCUACCCCUGGACUUGCCUUGGCGCCAACACCUUCUAUUCAGCCUCGGUACUCUGGGGCCUCAUCGGACCCGGCAAGCUCUUCGGAUCAAGCAGCCCGUACCACCCAAUGCUGUACAUGUUCUUUGUCGGACUGAUCCUACCCGUGCCGGUGUGCGCCUGGCGCCACAUAAACAUCCCUGCGGCCAUGCCGCCGAUGCCUGCCGCCAGUGUGGUCAACUGGUUUAUUGGUGCAUUUGUGUUCAACUGGUACCUCCACCGCUACAGAAACGCCUGGUGGCAAAAGUACGCCUUCUCGCUGUCGGCGGGUCUCGACAGCGGCCUUGCAAUCUCGGGAAUAGUGCAAUUCGGCCUAUUCACCAAGCUGACCAUGCCCAAGUACUGGGGCUCUGAGGCAAACCACUGUCCGCUGGCGGCCUCCGGUGGUUUCCUCAACCGGCCCAAUUCCUAGCAAUUUCAACUGAAUAUUAGAUUAUAAUGCAAGCUAUUGUGCUCUA